AUAGAUGAAUGCACUCCUGCUGGCAAGCUGGAUCAGAAUCAUUGCUUUCUAACUAGAGCAUUAGUUUAUAAACUGCGAUAUGAUCACAUUUCGAAGAGUGUUUCUCCGAUAAUGCUCACGAUUGGAACUAACUUCUACUUUGCCAUGGUUAUAACAGGAUUUACAGAUUGAGAGGUUCCACUUUGGUACUAGAACCAUGAAUGCUGAGUGCCACGUUCCAAGGGCUGAAUUAUUACAAAAUAUUAGUUUCUUGGAUCACACAUAAUGGCAAAUGCUGGUGACUACUUCUAAUGUGCGACCGUGAAGUUUGUCUGCAAGCCUUGACUGUUGCAAUUACACCGAGAGUAAAACUGUACAGCCGGCAGCCGUAUAGUCCAUGUGAAUUGCAUCUUGUGAUGAGCCACACAACAGUAACAAGCGUUGAAGAUAAGGUGCAAAGGAAUGUUCUGUAGGAAGGAUCUAGCUGAGGCUACCCACCAUAAGGAUACGAGUCACACCACGGACGGGGAUUUAUCAGGCUGUAUUCCAACUCACCAUAAGAAUCCCGAAUGCAUUAUCUGCUACUCUAUCUAUAACCUAACUGACAGGUUGCCUCGGAAGCUUUAUUGCGGGCAUACCUUCUGCCAGGCCUGCCUGCAGAGACUAGAUACCAUGUUAAAUGGGCAGAAAUGGAUCCCAUGCCCUCAGUGCCGUCAGAAUACCCCAUGCCCUCGUGGUGGUGUCGUCAUGCUUGAACUAGACUUGGGCAUUUUUUUGGUUCUUAAAGCAGAAACAGAGUCGGUAAAAACAGCAUUGAGACCUGACACGGAUUUACAACAUAAAUCCAAAGGGCAGUUCGGCUCACAGAUUAUCACUGAGCAGCCUGCAGCUCUAUGUCAAGACACCCCACAAGAACCUCACUUUUCCAGAAGUCCCUGCUGUACUUGGUGUGCGGGCUGCUGCUGUGGCUAACGUGUUUGCUCGUGAGAAUACGGUAAUCGAUGGACGUGAACAGAGGAAACCAACAUAACUUCGGAUGGUCACCACAAUGCAUCACUGAAAGCUACACAUCACACUGUCCCUUAUCUGACGUCAAUACAAAUGGAUAUCCAGAAGCAUUAUAAAUGGACAGUGUGCCACAAAGGGGACUCCACGUACUAGAUUGUGUGUUAUAAGGGGAUUUGGGUGAGCGUAACAGUGUGUUACACUGGCACCUGUCAUUAUUGCUAAGUAAUGGACAGUAUAACAAUAUUGAAUUGCACUGGUUUUUGAAAACAAUAUAGUAAAAAAAAACAAUUAAUGUAAACUAAUGCAAACUUCAUUAUACUCUUCAACAUGAUGGGUAUUUUUCUCAGUGUGUGAUUCUCUCUGGGAGUGUCAAUUGGAGGGAGAAUUUCUACUUUGGGAGUAUCAAUUGUACUUGGAUUCCUCCACUGGAAACGUGAUUUGGAGUGUGGUUCUGUACAGAGUACACUUCACCUUUAGAAAUCUCGUGAGUAAGGCACAUGAAUAUGUGGAAGAGCAUACCCCAGCAAUAACAAAGACGAUCACGAUGUGAGCGUCACUGUCAAUAAGAAUGGUGCCAUAGCAGUCAAAUGAUUAGUGGUGUUUGAAUGGUGGAAUUUGGGACCCUAACGAAGAUAUGAUUGGGAAGUCACUGCAAAGAAGAGGUGAUAGGUUCACUAUAUUAGUAUCAAGAUAGGAACAGUGCUAGGGACUGUUAUAGUGCUGAAAGAAAGCAGUGAUGGAUUGGUUGAGGGAAAGAAUCUGAUCUGGUAUGCCAAUGUGCUAGAUGUCUGAUUCAAGCUUUAGACUGUGCAGGAUCAAAAGUCUUCAGGUAUUUGUGGGAGCUUCAAGAGUUUGGGAUCAAGUUCCCAAAAAUCUUGACUCAAGUAAAUCUUGAUGUUGGAUGGGUAGUUGAAAAUGCUGGUAAGAGCCGUGGAGUUGGUGGAUAAUUUCAAACACAGGUGAUGAGAUGGCUUUACAACCUUUAACCAUUAGAGUCGUAGAGUUGUACAGUACAGAAAUUGGAUGGUGUGCACACCCAGCAACCCAGCAGGGGUGCAGAGAGAGGUCAGAAAGCUGCGAAGUGGGAGUUGGCUAUACAAUCUGAUCCUGUGUGGAACAGACUUGAUAUUGUUGAUGGGCAAUUUGUGCAAAAUUGCAGGUUAGAGUGGGCCUCAGAUGCAAGAUAUUUAAAUAAUCACACUAAAUUUUCAGUCCUCCCAGCACCAGUAGAUACUCUGACAUCCCCAUAGUUUUAUAUUUCUCCAGAUAGACUGUAUGUUUGCUUUACCACAUUUAUAUUCACUACUUUUGCUAAACCAAUUUUCUCCAUUGACAUAUUCUUCAUAAUUUAAAACACUUUAAUCUUAAUUUCCUGCGACAACCUGAUAAAUGAGCACCUUUGUCUGGAAUCCUUUUACUGUCUAGUAAUCAUUAAUAAAUCACUGAUAUUGUGCUAAUGUAUAUAAAUAACAAAACUUCAAGUUUGCAGGACUAAAAUGAAAUGGAAUUCAGAUUCAGAAUUACUUAUCACAUGUAUGUCAAAACACAUAGUGAGAUUGGCCAUUUGCGUUAACAACCAACACAACCUCGUGUUGUACUGGGGGCAGCCUUCAAGCAUUGCCACAUAUUCCGGUGCCAACACGGCAUGCAAACAAUGCUUGGAAGAACAAUACAGACCACAGCACAAAAGAAAGAAAUAAGCAACAAAACAAGUCCCUUUCUUCCUUCCCAGCCACCUACCUACAUGGAUUGUCCUCCAGCUCCAGGACUAGCCUUCAGCCUGCAGACUCCACGGUUUAUCCUAUAUUUGUCCUGUACCUUGGUAUAAUAUUUAUUAGUCCAGUAACCUUGUUCAGAUUAAGAAUGUGGUCUCCAAUCCUACUGUGCAUUUUUGCAUGAGAUCCAGGAAUAAUAUGUCACAAAUUUUUGACAUAUAGUUACCUUGUGCGUUUUGUCCCACAGAGUCUGUAUUUCUUUUCACAUCAAAGACAUCCACUCAGCACUCCACACUCCACACAGAGGUCUAGAUCACUUUAGAAUUCCCACCCUACUGCGGCAAUUGCAGAUGUCAACUCGUAAGUUGGCUUUAAUUUUGAAAUGUCAGCCAAGUAACAUACGCUUACCUGCUCUAAGGAAGGCAGUGGGCAGUAUCAGAGGUGGCACAGAAUCCUGGGAAGAACCUCCAUCUCCACAGCUAGACAGGACUACAACCUUGGCCUUCAGGUUCAACUCAAGGAUCUCAGGAAUGGUCAGUAAAU